CUGAGCCAGCGCACGAGCACGCGCAUGAGCAGUGCACCGUCACUGUCCCUCUUUCAGGAGCAGCAAACUGCCUACAUGGAGUACACACGCCAGGAGACCAUGGCGUGGCACGACCGCCUUCAUGCAUACCAUCAGCAGAGGGAUCGCGAGAUGCAGCACGCUUUUCAGGAAAUGGCGGCCGGCAGGUGUCCUCAAUGGCCAUCAGCAGAGGGUCCUCCAGCACAACCAGUGCUGCUGACCUUUGAGGAGUUUGUGGCACAGAACGCUGGCCCCUCGCCGGGAACAGGUGCAUCUACCGUUGGCGGUGGUCUUCGCAACACUCCCGAGACACGGAGCCCGACCACUCCGAUCCACGGAGGCGGAGGCGGUCUUGGCGGUAGCGCUGCCGCUAGCAGUGACGACCUGGGCUUCGGCGGUCUUGGCGGUGACGACCUCCGCGGUGCUCGACGUCCUGGCGCUUAAGCCUUUCUCGAUGCUAUGAUACUUGCUUGUUCUCGAUGCUAUGAUACUUGUAUGCUUGUGAUGAUACUUAUCUU